AUGUUCACCGCUUUUAACACGGAGUGUGAUUCCUCCUCUCGCUGCAGCACAGCUUCACCCGCGACUGACAACUACUUUCCGUCACCAGCAGGAUCGUACUCCAGCAUGGGAUCUCCCCAGUCUCAGGAUUUCACUGAGCUGACAAGUGCCUUCAUCCCGACUGUCACUGCUAUCUCAACAAGUCCAGACUUGCAGUGGAUGGUCCAGCCUUUGAUCUCUUCAGUGGCCCCCUCUCACAGAUCUCACCCAUACAGUUCAAGCCCAAGCCCAGCUUACCCAAUGAGGCCAACUACGAAGACUCACUCCAAAAGAAGCAGACAUGAACAGAUUGCACCUGAAGAGGAUGAGAAACGCAGAAUCCGCAGAGAGAGAAACAAGCAGGCGGCCGCAAAGUGCCGCAACAGGAGGCGAGAACUUACAGACACCCUCCAAGCUGAAACCGAUGAGCUGGAGGAUGAGAAGUCUAGCCUGCAAAAUGAUAUUGCCAAUCUCCAGAAAGAAAAAGAGAGACUAGAAUUCAUUCUGGCUGCUCAUCAACCAAUCUGCAAAAUCCCAUCUGAGCUGGAGAUGGAUUUCCCUAUGACCACAGUGUCUUCUGGCCACUCCUGCUUGACCACUCGGCCAUGCUCCCAGACACAGACAAGUACCUCCAGCCAAUCCACCUUCACCUCAGCUUCCAACUCUAUCUUCUCCUGCACCGGCCCCACUCUCUCCACGACCACCAUCUCAAGCACCAUGGUCAAAAUCCCAGACCUGGAGAGCUCCGUCCUGGAGGAGUCUCUCGACCUGCUCGCCAAGACUGAGCUGGAGACCGCGCGUUCGGUGCCGGAAGUCGACCUGACCAGUACGCUUCUACAAGACUGGGAGCCUCUUCACAGUACUUUGACCGGUAACAUUGACUUGGAGCCGCUGUGCACUCCGGUGGUGACCUGCACCCCGGCCAACACCACCUACACGUCUUCGUUUGUGUUCACCUUUCCAGAAGCCGAGGCGUUCUCCAGCUGCGGCAUUGCCCACCGUAGAGGCAGCAACAGCAACGACCAGUCUUCCGAUUCCCUCAACUCGCCCACGCUCCUGGCCCUUUAA